AUGACUGAUAGUUCAUCGGCUUCUAAUUUUGAUAAUUAUAUUGUUGAAUUACAUGAAAAUCUUGAUCGCCUUCGUGAUAUAUCAGAUGUUGAUGAACAAUCAUCAACAAUUAUUGCUGAUCUUGCUCAAGCUUAUUCUGAACAUCCAUCACCAAUGCAAACAGCUAUGUGUUUAUCCGCUUUAUUUUGUGGUCAAAAGAAUAUUCUAACAUUUCUUCGACGUUCAUGUUCAAAAACUGAAUUAAAAAAAACUAAAGUUGAAAUAUUACAAUUUCUUAAAUUUUUUGUUGAAAGUGCUGGUGUAAAAAUUUUACCACAUGCUGUUGAACUUAAAACAGUUCUUCUAACGAUUUUCAAUGUUGAUAAUGCAUCUGAUGUCAGAGCAUCUAUAUUUCCUGUUUUAUCACAAUUAAUGGAAUUAAGUGCGGGUUCUUCAGAUAUGCAAAAUGAAGUCGACAAAAUGGCUACAACUUUUCUAGAUCAGAUUGGUCUUCAAAGUUCAAAAGCAGCAGCAACAAUUAAAGGACUUUGUUUAGCAUUUCUUGGUUUAUUAUGUAAAUUUUUUCCAGAACAUAUGAGAAAAUAUUCAGAUCCACUUUUACUUGGUCAAUAUUUGAAAUAUUUACACGAACAAGUAAGGAUGUCAAAUAAUGUUAAAUUUGAAAUGUUAAUUGCGGCAGGUGCAAUAGAAGGUCUUGUUAAUUAUCUUGUUAAUUUUACUCCAUCAUCAACACCUGUUCAUUCACAACCAUCUAUCGUACGAAGUAAAACUAAAGAAGAUGAUAAACGUUAUAAUGAAGAACGAAUACGAUGUGAAUCAGAUUUAAAACGUAUUUAUAUUUAUGCAACACGUGCAAUACAAACACAAGAUCAAACUAAUUUAAAUCGAUAUGCAUUAGUUAAAGCUGGUCUUGAAUUAUUCGCUCAACAUUCAACUUUAUUUACUGAAUAUCUUUAUGAAGAUUAUCCUGAAAUACUUCGAUGUAUUCGAGCAUGGAAUGCACAUGAUAAUUAUGAUGUUAAAAAAGUAGCACAACGUGCAUAUGAUACUUUUUUACUUGGAGUUGCUAAUGCAUUAAAAGAAACAAAUAUUAAAACACCCGAAGAACGUCGUCGUGCUGUACAAGUUUUUCAAUAUUUUAUUAAAGAAUUUCGAGAUAAAAUUGAUACACCAGAAUUAGAAAUUCGAGAUUUAGCAAUGGGUAUUCGUGGUUAUGGAAUCUUUGCUAAUGCUUGUAAACUUUAUGGUACAGAAGAAGAUGUUAAAUUUAUGUUUGUUGGUCUUAUUCAACGUUGUGAACAAAUAGCAAUGCCAACAGCAACAUUAUCACAAGCAAUGGAUAUUUUUGAUGAACGUUUUUAUGGAUUACCUAAUUUAAUAGAUGCACUUUCAGCUAUUAUUAUUGAAAUGACAAAUAUUGGUGAAGAAUUUCUUGGUCCACUUGAACGUUUAACUGUAAUGACAAUUGAUUAUUAUCCACGUUAUCAACCAAAACCACAAGCAACAACAUGUUCAUCUGUAAUUAAAAUGAUUUUAGCUUUACAAACAAAACCAAAUUCAUAUAAACCAUUUUUAUCACGAAUUGUAACUCAAGCACUUAUUCGUUGUUGUUCACAUCCAUUAAAAUCAACUGUUGAACAACAAUUAGAAAAUUAUGAACCAGAUAUAUCAGAAGAUAAACUUAAAUCUCUUUUAUCAAUUGGAAAAACAAUUACAUAUGAAAAUUAUCUUCCAUUAUGGAGAUCAAUUUUAAGUGUUACUUCAUUAAAAGAAUUCGAUACAAGUGCAUAUCCAAUAUUUGAUCGACUAAAUAUGCUUGUAUCAUUAUAUGAUGAAAUAAUUGAUUCAAUUUUACAUAUUAUUGAUCGACUUGAUUUAAGUGUUGAAAAAGAAAAAUCAGAUGAUGAAAAUAAUGAUGGAACUGCAACUACUGAUCCUGUUUUUGGUAUGCAACCUGUUAAACCAAUGGAUUUUCAAAUAUUCUAUAAUCUUGUCGAUUUUUAUUUAUUACCUGAUCAAUCACCAGAAUUAUUUCAAAAAUGGAUAUUUCGAUUUUUAUACGAUAUUAUUGCUACAUCAACAAAAUAUCCAUUAGUUAGUGGCAUAUAUCGAUUUGCUACAUUCGUUAUGAAUAUUUGUCUAAAACUUGAUUAUUUUAAAUCAAAUCGUUCUGAAGCAAUAACACGUGAUGGUAUUGAAAUGAUGGAAAUUGAUAUAAAUGAAAAUGAACAAGUAACAGCUGUUUGUUCACUUGUUCGACGAUUUGCUCAUGAAGUACUUUCUCGUCAAAAACAAUAUCGUGAUGAUUUACUUGUAUCAUGUUUACAAUUUAUUAUAUCAUUACCAUCAGAAUGUAUUGAUUAUGAUUUUGCUAAUUAUGUACCAGCAAUUCAAAUUGCUUUAAGUAUUGGUUUAACUUAUUUACCAUUAGCUGAACAAACAAUAAAUAGUCUUGAACGAUGGUCACAAUCAACAUCAUUAAAUUUACCAAAUUUUUAUAAUCAAAUAUUACCUUAUCUUGAUGAUUUUCUUCGUUUAUCUUAUGAUCAAGGGGAUGAUGUUAAUGUUCGAGCUGUUGUUUCAUCAUUACAAGAAAAAACACGUCUAAAUUCGAAAAGCAAACGUGUUUUACCAACAAGAAUGCUUAAAAAAACUAAACAAAUAAAACAUGUAUGUUUUUUAUGA